AUGGCACCAGCACCUCCUGACCUGUCAGCCAAGUAUACAGUGCUGCAACUCAGCGUCAUCUCGUCGAGCAGUAUCUCCAACCGAACGACGUCCCUGAUCGCGCACCUCAAGUCGACGCCGGCCGACAACAAACCCGCCAUCGUCGCUCUCCACGCCAAAGCUCCUCUCGCCAACAAGCUCAUCAGUGUCGUCGAGAUCGCAAAGAGAGACGUGAAAGAGAAUGGUUUAAAGGUCUACCAAUACAAUGCCCUUGGCUCCGAACUGGUGCAAUCCGCGCCUGCCACCAAGGACGCGGCCAAUCAAGAUGCCAUGAGCGACGACGAAGCAGCUUUCGAGAAGAUUGAGCAGAGAAGUGCCGUCAGAAACGUGCCCACCAUGAUCACCUACCUGAGUCUUGUGCCCAUCAAAGAGCUCAAACAGGCUUAUGGGUAUGAUCUCUCCUGUUCAACACGUAUCAUCUCUGUAUCUUGCUGA